UAAAGAGCAGACCCGCAGGAAACACGGCGGCCAUCUUGGAGCGGCCAUCUUGGCUAAACCAAAGCAGCAGCAGAAGCUUCAGCACUGGAGAUAUUUUUGUUCACAUCAAUGGACUGUUGACCUGACGGCUCUGGACAUAACUUCUCACAAGCCAGAUGGACAUAAUAAUGUUAAUAUUUUGUGAUCAGUAUUUAUGUCCACCGGCUAAAAGGCGCUAAUAUUAGCUUUAGCGCUGGGGGUAACACCGGGUUCAGCCCCGCUAGGAAGGCUCACCCAGAUUUAGUUCAGUUUGAACAAGGAGCCAACGUUAGAAAUAAAACAUAAUAAAUAUAUUAUAACAUUCACCAGUUUACACAGGUGGCAAUGACUGUUGUUAAUAUGUCGAAAGUAAGAUGGCUCCCAAAUCUCCCGCUUUAGUUUGGAAGGUUUCAAUGUGAGGAAGAAAAUGAGGAGACGGAUUCACUGCACAGGAUGAAGCUGGAAUCUGAAGGCAUGGAAAAUAAUGUGAAUAUUAUUCAGCAUUAAUCAUUAUUGAAUCACCCGUUUCUCUAUACAGUACUAAAUAAAUAUAAAACAUUAUGACCGACUGUGUGCUUUGUAAAAUUAUGCAUCAGAGUAUUAUAUUCCUUUUCUAGUUUGUUUUCCUCACUAAGAAUAUUUAAAUAUGCUGAACCAUGUAUCAACCCAAUACUUUAAAACUACAUGUCCUUGUAAAUGUAUCUGAUAGCUGUUUGAAUAAAGUUUACAGAAAAAAACGUGGAAAUCUGUUUAGUAUUUAGUGAUUUCUGAUCGAUUAAUGCGCCGAUACGUCAUUAUGCCUGAGAAAUCUAACGCUGAGUGGAGUGGUCCAACUAUAUGGAGCUACAACAGUCUCAUAAUUAUCAAAUCCAAAGGACGAGAGUCACAACAACCUUAACAGGGAUAAAUAGCCGAUAUCUCACUUACCGCUGCCAGAAGCCAGGCUGAGGUCGAAAGGCAUGACCGUCGUCAUGGCUACGGCGCUGCUGGAAUGGGUUAAUGUGAUUGUCUCAAACAGAGGUUACCCCACCGGGGGUUUGUUCAUCUGAUUGGUUACUGAUCACCCAAUCAGACAAACCAUUUAUUAGACAUUUGUGGAUCGAGACAUCAGGGGAAUCUCAAAAUUCACACAAUUGCAGCAACUCGCAGGCCAGAAGCAGCUUGGAAAUCAAGAUAUAUUUGGGUUUGCAUCAAAAAUACAGGUGUGGAUUUCAUCUUGCGCAUUUGUGAAUUAUGAGACUGUUUUAGCUCCAUAGCACCAGAAGGUUCGGUUCCGGUCGCAGAGCUGAGCGAUUGUUCUUGCAGUUCUGCCUCUGACCGGAAGAGGCAGCACCCACCACCAGGACCCCUCUGCCCCCGAGAAGAAGACCCGAACCCGACCGUCAUGGCCGAACUGAACCGGCAGCUCCAGGAGUACCUGACCCAGUCCAAAAGCGGCGGUACCAAGUCCAGCUCCAGCACCUCGGUGGAAGUGGGUGAACCGGAAGCGGUACCGGGCAGCUGGUUCGGCCGAUGGUCCAGUCCGUGGUCCGGGCAGAGCUCCGGCGGCAGCUCCUCCUGGCCCUGGUCGGCCGACCCGGACCCGUGCCUGCCCGGAGUGACCCGGAAGCAGCGCCUGCUGGGGUUCGGGCUGUGCGCGGCCAUGUCGGCUCUGUGCUUCGGGCUGUCGGCCCUCUACGCGCCGCUGCUGCUGCUCUACGCCCGGAAGUUCGCGUUGCUCUGGACGCUGGGCUCGCUGUUCGCCGUGGCGGCGGUGGCGGCGCUGCGGGGGCCCAGCCGGCUGCUGGCCGGGCUGCACCGCUCCCCCGGGGCCGCGGCCUACCUGGCCUCCCUGGCCGGGACGCUCUACGCCGCCCUGGGCCUCCACAGCACCGUGCUGACGGCUCUGGGAGCCGGCCUGCAGGUGGCGCUCAUCCUGGGCUGCCUGCUGGCGCUGAUGCCUGGAGGCAGCGCUGGGAUCCGGGUUCUGGGCGGCUGGACUUUCUCCGUCCUCAAGAGGACCGUGAGCGGCAGAACCAUGUCGAUCUGAGCGGAACCGAACCCAGAGGCGGAACCGGACUUUCCUCUGCAGGACUAAACCCUGGGCGCUGACUGCCAGGAGGAUCUGGAGUUCCGAGGACCAAAGUACAAAAACUGACCCAAAAACUGUGAUGGGGGGAGGGAGGUUCUGGUUCCGAGUUGUUGUAGCUUUAUUAAUAAAACAGGUUCUACCAGCGGA